GCAAUACGACAGGAAAUGCGAUAAAUCGUCGAUAUCGAUAUUUAGGUAAUAUCGUCUGGCGAAGCAAUUUAUUCUUUAAACGUUAUAUUUGGUGACAGAAAAGAUGAAACUAGUGCGGUAUGUUGGUUUUAAUACUUUUUUUAAAAGAAUGUUGUUUAAGUUUUACCCUUCCUAAACGUAAUUGUUUAGAAAGUCCUUGUAGCGAUCGUCGGUAUCUUUAUUUACUGAGCGAUAUUAAGAAAGCUUUCUAACCGCUUUUCAGAUUUCUUAUGAAAUUAAGUCAUGAAACUGUGACUAUUGAGCUAAAAAAUGGUACACAAGUUCAUGGAACCGUUACAGGUGAGUAAUAAAGAGUUUGCGAAGGCAUUUUAACAUUGUUUUUAUACAGGUGUGGAUGUUAGCAUGAACACUCACUUAAAGCAGGUUAAAAUGACUGUUAAAAAUAGAGAUGCUGUACAAUUAGAUCAAUUGAGCAUUCGUGGAAAUAACAUUCGAUAUUUUAUAUUACCUGAUUCCCUACCUCUGGACUCUUUGCUUAUCGAUGAUACACCUAAAGCUAAGAGCAAGAAACGACAAGAUGCUAGAGGAAUAGCAAAUCGCGGUAGGGGACGUGGAAGGGGAAGAGGCAUACGGGGUCGAGGUAGAGGAGGACCUCCAAGAGGAGGCGGAGGUGGUGGUGGCGGCGGCGGCGGCGGUGGCGGUGGCGGUAGACGAUAAAGGAAGAACGCCUAUCAUCACUUUGUUUAUUGUAGUUUUUUUUUCGAAUAAACCUUCAGUUGUACUUUUGUAAGUUAUCUAAACUCUCAUAAAAGUAAUUAACCAUUUACAAAUAAGUUUGUAUCUCAUUGAGACGCAAGUAAAGAUUUAACAAGGGGUCAAUGCUUGCUUUUUUUAUGUUUUGUUUUUAAGUAAAUUAAACUACAAGUAGGUCUGCUGACGAGUUGUGCAGCGAGUGUCUAUGAACAACACGAGAAUCCUGUAUUUAAAAUAAAUAAUUGUAAUAAAAUUAUUAUCCAAUAUUGAAA